AUGGCAGCAGCCUUGUGCAGAUUCUUCCUUGUGCUUAUUAUUCCCUCUUUAGUGUUCUCACUCUCAUUUAAUCUCUCUCAAAUUGAUCAAAACGACGCAAACGUGAACAUCCAAGUUGAAGGAAACGCAUCCAUCACAGACCAGGGAAUCAAACUCACAAAUGAAUGUGUAUCGGAGUUAAAUGAUGACCAAGUAGGUGGAGCAAGGUACGUUCAUGAUCUGUUCCACCUAUGGGACAAUACUUCUAAAGAGUUUGCCGAUUUCGCCACCAAUUUCACUUUCAACUUAGAUUAUGAUGAGAAUGGUUAUCCCCGUUAUAAUGAUUAUGGUUAUACACUGAUUUUUUUCUUGGCUGAAAAUUCCACCCCGUUCCAAACAAUGCUAUUUUCGAAUGAGACUCACCCGACAUCCCCAGAUCCUUUCAUUGCCGUGGUGUUCGAUACAUUCUCAGACCAUAAUAAUGUAAGUAUAAACAUUAUAUCUAGGCUAGAGCCUGUUAUCUUCAAGAGAAGGCUGAGUGACACUACCGAGGAGAUGACUAAUGAUGUUUCUAUUACUUAUAAUGCUAGUUCCGCGAUUCUCCAAGUUGUUUUUACAGGGUUCGGGGAUGACCCGUUUAACAACCUUAGCGGUAACGUUAAUCUGAGCAAUUACUUGCCCGAAUUUGUUAGCAUUGGUUUCGCAGCUACAACUCAAGGGUGUUAUGAUAAUAACAACAUCAAGUCGUGGCAAUUUGAUUCCACUUCACUGAGGCCCAAUGUUUCAUCCCCAGCUCCAAGUCCUGCUCAAAAUCAGCCUGUUCCAGCUCCCACUAGCCCAACCCCUAACCAUAUUCCAUCAAUAGCUCCAAGUCCUGACCAUAAUUACAAACUGAAGAAAAGACUAGAGAUAGCAGGAUUGAGUAGUGGUGUUGUCAUUUUACUUGCUCUGUUGGCUUUAGCCAUCUACACCUGUUUCAAGAAGAAAUGGGCAGCAAAAAGAAAGAAUCAUGAGAUUAUUCUUGGUCCGGUGAUGGUGGGUGAGUUUGAAAUGGCUAGCUAUGGGCCUAAAAAUUUCUCAUACUGUGAAUUGGCAUCUGCAACUAACAACUUCUCGGAGGAGCGUAAGCUUGGAGAAGGGGGAUUUGGCGGGGUGUAUAGCGGGUUCUUAAGGGACUUGAACAUGGAUGUGGCUGUGAAGAGGGUAUCUAGCCACUCCAAACAAGGGAUUGAGGAAUACACAUCAGAAGUAAAGAUCAUCAGCCAAUUGAGACAUAGAAAUUUGGUGCCACUUCACGGCUGGUGUCAUGAGAAUGGGGAGCUUCUGCUGGUUUAUGAAUACAUGCCAGGAGGCAGCCUAGACUCCCAUCUCUUCAAGAGAAGGUCACCUUUGCAUUGGGGGCUAAGGUAUAAAAUUGCACAAGGCUUGGCCUCAGCUUUGUCCUAUCUACAUGAAGAGUGGGAACAAUGUGUAUUGCACCGAGACAUUAAGUCCAGCAAUGUCCUGUUGGAUUCAAGCUUCAAUGCUAGACUCGGUGAUUUUGGAUUGGCCUGGCCAGUUGACCACGAAGAAACACCCGAGAAAACCUAUUUAGGAGGUACGCCAGGGUAUGUAGCACCAGAAUGUCACAUCACGUUCAAGACCAGCAAAGAAUCAGAUGUCUAUAGCUUCGGAGUCGUGGCAUUAGAAAUUGCAUGUGGACGAAAAGCAAUUCUUGCCAAUAAACGAGAAGGUAGGAAGAGCUUGGUGGAUUGGGUUUGGGAUUUGUAUGGAAUGGGAAGACUACUAGAAGCCGCAGAUCCAAAACUAAACGGAAACUUUGAAAAACAAGAAAUGGAGCGGCUAAUGACUAUCGGGCUUUGGUGUGCUCACCCCGAUAGUAACUCUCGACCAAAAAUAAGCCUAGCUUUACAUUGCCUAAAAUUCCAAGUCCAAUUGCCCAUCCUUCCAGCAAAGAUGCCCAAACCAGUUUACUCAACUCUUCCCACUGCUCUAUCCUUCCCAAAUUCCCAUUUCUCUGGAAUCAAAAAUGUUGAGAUUCAGGAGUUUGAGUACCCUUCAAGUUACAGCCGCCACUCUGCAGGCUCUUCACUCCCGCAUACAGUCUGA